AUGGAGGGUAGGAAGAAGCAAGAACGUUCAUCUUGGAUGGGAGAGGAUGCUUGGAAAGGGCUCAAAAUUAAAUGGGAAGCACCCGAGUAUAAGAUCAAAGUUGCCAGGAAUAGGCAAAACCGGGCAUCUGCAAAGGGUGGAUCUGACCAUACGGGUGGCUCCAUAUCCACAAAUGAGCACAUCAUACGAAUGCAUCGAGAGUUGGGUAGAGAGCCCACAUUAGAUGAGGUCUUCUUAAGAACUCAUACAAAAAAGAAGGACUCCUCAUGGGUGGACGACAGAUCAAAGAAGACAUAUAAUCUUAAACACGCCUCUCAAGUUGGAGAGGCAUCAGACAGUGGCCCCAAGGAAGUUGAUUAUGCAACUCAACUAAAAUUUUGGGCUGAAGCUGCUAGUGGCAAGACUAGAGGACGUCUCUAUGGUGCUGGGGACAAGUCCAAGCAUUACAAGCCAUGUGUUUCCUCUUUAACCCAACAGUCACAUGUAUCUCCAUAUAGUGGUCAAGUUUCUGUUGAGAUUGCUGCAGAAAUGGCAACAAUUGAAGAGAGAGCAAAUACUGCAGAGGAAGAUGCUCGAGCUGCACGAGAGGAAUGUCGUAAGGCAAAUAAACACACACAAGAUUUGGAGAGACAAUUGAGAGAAUUAGCUGAAAGUGUUGCUUCCAUGAAGGGUGACAAACAUCGUCGUCAUUCGAACUAUGAAGAGUAUGACUCUGACAAUGAUGAUGACUCUGACAAUGAUGAUUCUAUUGGUAGCACAUAA